AUGCCUUCAUUACAAGACAAGGUCAGCGCGGUAAAAACCGCCGUGCUGAGCACAGAAACAUGUACCCCGGCCACCGUGGUCACGAUCAAGGAGCUUCUCCUACCAGAUGCCGACUCUGCCUCGACCGCCGCGUCCAAGACGAAAGCCGCCUCCGCGCGUACCACAACAAAGCCGGCCGGCCGAGCCAGGGCCGCCACGACAACGACGCCGACCGAGCAACUGAGCGCCAAGGAGAAGACGGCGCUGGCGACUCACGUCAUCAACGCCACCAUCAAGGCCCUCACCGACGCCGCGAAGCCAUCCCUACAGCCUGCCGCGGCGCCCGCGAAGCCAACCGAGGGCGAGCCGCGCCCGACGACCGGCAAACGCACACUCCGACGGUCCCUCUCGGCACCGCUGUCGCCCAUCCAGCCGCGCACGCUCAACCGCGUGGCCACGUCGCCCACCGUCGUCGCCAAGGCGUCAUCCAAGCAAGCCGCCAGCAGCCCGUCCACGGGAUGCCUGGCGACGGCGGAGUGCGCGCGCGUGGCGUUUGCGUGCCUGCGCGGCCUCAAGGGCCCGCCGUCGCGCGACCAGGCAGACCUGCAGCUGGAGAACGGCAUGGCCGCGCUGGUCGGCAAGCUGAUCGGCCUGGGGAUGAACGAGCUGGCGCUCAAGGAGCUGCGCGUGCUGCACCGACGACUCGACGUGGCGGCCAAGCCCGACGCCGGGAAGGCGAAGACGACGGCGGCGGCGGCGGCGGUGGCGGGGGAGUUUCCGACGACCAUCUCGGAUCUUCUCAGCUUCAGCACGCCGGUCGCGCCGCACUUUCUGGCGGCGGUCACGACGUGUCAGGUUCAGCUGCUGAGGCUCAUCGCGUCGUCGAAGAAGCCGGAGCACAUCGAGGCCGCGCUGCCUCACCUCUGCGAUGCCAAGGCGAGCUCCCCGGUGAAGCUGCUCUCCGCCCUCGCCAAGACGGGUGGCAAGGAGGCUUCCAAGGCGGCGCGUCAGCUGGCCUCGCUAUCGCAGCUGGUCCUGUCGCUCGCGCCGAGCGUGUCCAGCCAGGAAGACGCGGCCGCCAUGGAACCGCGUGUGAGCCCCUCUCCGCUUGUGGCCUUUGAGCUGCAGACGCUGGCGUUUACCUGCCAGCUUAGGUGGUGGAGAAUCGGGGGUCACUCUGGGAAGCUUGACGAGGAGCUUCUGUCGCCGCUGUCGCGUUGCCUUCGCGCUUUGGCCCGGCGGUUCACGUCGAAUGACGCCUUGCUUUAUAAAACCAUGGCAGCCUCGGUAGAUGGACUGCUGCAGCUGGCUAAGUCCUGCGGGUAUGCUCCGACACUCUCUCCGACCGCGCCCAUCUCGGCCAUUUACCAAAUACUGGGAACCUCGGCAUACGCGGCGAAGAAAUAUGACGAAGCUUCUCAAUGUUUCCAAGACUUGCGGUCGACCAUUCAUUCACCUCCAGAAGCAAUGGUGCGGUAUGCCUCGAUCUGCGCUUGGCUUCUUGCUGCCGUGCUCAAAAGGACAAAAACUGUCGAGGAAACCGAACAGCUCGCGCAAUCGGUGCUGGACAGCCUGGAUGGAAGCCUGAGUGGUACUGUUUCGGAACUUAAUGAGCUUCUUGACAGCCUGUCACUGGCCAGACGUUCAGUUGUUGGUCGUCUCAUGGAAUCGAUGAAUUCAUCGCAGCCAGCAAGUCGUACGCCUGAUACUCUCGACGAAAUACUCAAGACGUUUGUGCUUCGCUAUCCUCGCUUCGUUCGCAGAUGGCUCGGGAAUGCUCCGACCAAGGAUGCGCCUCCGAGGAAUAUUCUGCAGUUUGAUCAACGUCGCCAAGUCGUCAUGAAGACCAUCGGCCAGACACUUGACGGGACCCUCAUGGUUGUCAAGUGCGACAUCCAAAAUUCAACGGCCGAGUGGCAGCAGCUUGACGACGUCCUCCAGCAUUGCUCUGCUCUCCUCGAAACACUCAGCGACCCUUCACAACCUCCCGCCAAGACGGAGCAACUCAACAAUUAUCUAGUCAAAAUUUCCAGCCUCUACUUCGCCAAGUUCUCGCAGCUUCGAAAGCACUCCCAGAGAAAGCGAGAAGAAAACAAGCAGAUUCUGCAGACACUAAGCCGCUCAAUUGACACGGUAAAGGAUCUUUCUGUCUCUGAAAGAGAGCGAGCCCAGCUGUCAAUAAAACUCGAGCUCUUUGCAGACAUGUGCAAGGGGUCUGGACGAACUGAGGAUGCCGUACAAACCCUGAGAUCGAUAUGCACAAGCAUGGCCGAGGAUGGCAUCCUAAAGGACGUUUCUGCUGCACUAGCCACGCAAGCCCCUACUAUAGCAUGGAAUAUGAACGGCAAGUCUAGCAUGCUAUCUCGAACCCUCCGAUCAAUCGCCAAACUCGACAAGUCUUGGACAGACUGGACCAUUUUCCUGCCCGAGACGGAGCGCGCCGCGGUUUUGGAACAUCUAAUGCACCUCAGUACAGGUUCACGCAGCGCCUUGCAGUUUCACGACCCGAAUCUUACGGCGCUCUUGCGUAUCUAUACUCCCGACAAGUAUCCUAUCCGAAGACUACGCGUAUUGCUUCACGUCCUGUACCAGAACCUGGGCAACGAGGAUGAAGUUGCGGCCCUUCAUCCGCACUUGCAAGUCUGCCUCCGCCAAGCCGAAACUCAGGAUAAAGCCGAGGACGAAGGCUUGACCGGGUUCAUGCUGCAUCUGCUGAACUGGCAUCAUAGUGUACAGGCAGUGCUGGAUGCGGACGAGCUCUCCAAGUCGGCCGUGCCGGCGGCUAUCGACACCUGGACCAAUAUGGUUGGAUCCUGCCCGAUGGAGAGCAGUAUCUACAAGGUGAUUGAUGACCCUGAAGCACUCCAAGAUUACCUUCAGUCUCUCGGUCAUCUGGCUGGUCUACGGGGCGAGCACCUUUUGCAGCUGAAGAUUUCGCAGCUUCUGGUGUCCCUGUCCAAGAUCUUCGCCGGCCAAGGGCAGACGACCAGCAGCGCGCUCAUCGUCCGCCAGAGCCAGCUUGCUUCUCAGUACAUCAGCACCGGCCUUUACACCAAAGCUCUAGAUGCGUUAGAUGAGGCCAAGGGUUUGCUUCAGCAACAAGAUGAUGUGGCGCCGAGCGUCUCUGUGGCGUACAACAUGGCGCAGGCCGAGUAUUUCACGGGUAUUGGAAAUAGAGAUGACGCAAAUCUUUCCGUAUCCGAGGUCAAUGCUGUCUGUCGACGCUCGCAGACGUCUUGGGCCACUACCAAGGCGCAAGCAACCACGACAGUCUGCUUGGCCUCUCUUUUGCAGUCGUCCCUCUCCCUGCAGUCUGGCAACGUGGAAGAAGCGUUGAACCAUGUCAAGCAAAGCGUGCGCAUGCUCUCACAUGACUGGACAAAGCUUGAAUCUGCUGUUGUCGGCAGCGACUCUAGUCUGUCCGACACGAGCUUGGACUCUGUUUCCGUCAAGGACGGCAGAGCUGGCCCUGUUGGACCACGAGUCUGGGCUCUGGCUGCACCUCUGAUCCGCAGCCUGCUUCACAUAUCGUCCGUCUAUGCGCACAUUGGCAUGUUCCAGGAAACCAUCUACUACGCCGACGCGGCCUCCAAGAUUGCCGCCAGCUCGCAGUCGACACUGUACAACGCCGAGGUGGCUGCAUGGACGGGCUCCAUCUAUCUCCGGGCAGGAGACCAGGAGAAGGCUGCUGCUCGGUUCAAGGCGCUGGCUGACAUGAUGCCCGAAGACAUGUCCGCGUCCAAGAUUCGCUUUGCGAAGGUGCUUGGAGAAUAUUGCUCGCAUAUCGGGGACAACGACAAGGCACUCGAGUACUUUCAGAUGGCCGAGAUUGGCACCCGUGGUCUGAACGAAAACACAUCUUCUGAGAAGGGGGAAGAGGCCACUCAAGAAGCAGUUGCACCAGCUCCAUCCCGAACGAAAUCUACAAGAACGACAAGGGCCAAGACACCCGCCAAGCCACGAAUCACGAAGCGUGCGGCAGCGACAUCAAGGGCGGUCACACCUGUUCCUAGGCCUUCUCAGCAACUCACCGACGUCUUCCAAGCCUCUCUCCUCGCAUCCGUGCUCCUUUCCCGUGCCAAUGGCCUCAUUCGCCAGCAAGAGUGGACUGCUGCACUUGCUCUGCUCAAGCAGGCCAAAGAACUGCCAAAGCAAGACAUGGCAGCCUACCAAGAACAGAUAGCAACGGCGACGUCACUCAUCGGACACAGCAUGGAGCAGAUAAUCUCGGAUCCUGUCUUUUCCGUGAUUCAAGAUUCGACCAUUUCCUUCCCAUCCAUUGCCGGAUUGGUGGAAAAGGCGAUUGCGGAUGGCUGCUCGCCGUUCAAGUCGCCCGGUAAGCGUGGGCGACCGGCGACAGGGGGCCGCGGCAAGGCCAUCAAGGAUGGCGAUGCUCCAGCGUUUGCCGAGGCACUCAAAGAAGCACAGGAACUGCUUGCCGAGGCUCACUCUUCCGCCAUGACAAAGUCGGACAGCAGCAUGGUGCGACGCAUCUCAGCCAUGCUUCAGAAUACCAUCAUUCUGCUGUCCGCCACGUCUGGCACAAAACACAAAUCUCUUGCCCACUCUGGCUUGGCUACAGUUGCCGUCGACUUGGCGCACAAUGUUACCUGGCGCAGAGAGCAAAAGACUCUGGCCUCUACGACAGUGGCUGCGGAGGAUGCUGAGAGGAGAGGCGCAGGCCCUCGCAGGGCCAGCUUGGCUCCGGCCUCUGACAUGGCCAACUUUCAGAAGAGCUAUGUUGAAAUGGUUCCCAAGAACUGGAGCGUCAUCUCGGUAUCCUUGAGCGACAACCAUCACGACCUGUGCUUGACCAAGUUCCAGGCAGGCCACAGCCCCUUCAUUCUUCGGUUGCCUCUGGAGCGAGCCAACUCCCGCGACGCCGACUGUGAAGUGUAUAACUUUGAGCAUGGAAAGGAGGACCUUUUAGACAUCAUCAAGCUCGCCAACGAGACUAGCCAUUCCGCGCGUGACUUUUCCCUCAAGGGAGAGCGCAAUGCCUGGUGGGCCGAGCGCGAGGCCCUCGACACGCGUCUAAAGGAGUGUCUGGCGCAGAUCGAGACGACCUGGCUAGGCGGCUUCAAGGGCAUCUUUUCCCAGCAUCAGAGACGGCCUGACCUGUUGGCUCGUUUCCAGAAGAAUGUGCAAAAGAUGCUCGACGCCCAUCUACCCUCGCGAAGUCAACGACGCGGAAGGAAGACGGCGGCCAAGGCCGGUGUGACUCUGGAUCCUAGGAUCCUCGACCUGUUUAUUGGACUUGGUGACCCCACGGAGGAUCCCGAUUGCGACUUUGACGAGGCUCUGAAUGAUUUACUCUACUUUAUCGUGGACAUUCUUCAGUUUCACGGCGAGCGAAAUGCGUACGACGAAAUCGACUUUGACGCCAUGGUAGUCGAGAUGUACGACGCGCUCAAGGGGUACUACGGUGCUCUGGAACGUGCUGGUGCGCGGGAAGACGGUGCUCACACGGUUCUAGUUCUAGACAAGGCUCUGCAUGCUUUCCCCUGGGAGUCUCUCCCAUGCAUGCAAGGCCUUGCCGUGUCUCGGGUGCCGUCCCUUGCGUGUCUACGCCAGCUCAUCACCGAGUCCAACAUGCCCCCCAAAGACAAGCCGACUUUGGACUCUCCGCCCGGCCACUACGUCUCGUCCAGGUCCGGCACGUACAUGCUGAACCCGUCCUCCGACCUGAAGAACACGCAAGCCUUCUUCCAGAAGCCCUUUGCGUCCGGACUGGCCGGCUGGACGAGCAUCGUCAACCGACCACCGGACGAGGACGAGUUUGAACGGGCCCUUGGCUCCGGUCCGGACGUGUUCCUGUACUUUGGCCACGGCAGCGGCGCGCAGUACAUCCGCGGCAAGACGGUCCGGCGGCUGGACAAGUGCCGCCCGGCGACGUUCUUGAUGGGCUGCAGCUCGGCGGCGCUGACCGAGGCGGGCGAGUUUGAGUGCUACGGCCCCGUGUGGAACUACAUGAUGGCCGGGUGUCCGGCGGUGGUGGGCACGCUGUGGGACGUGACGGACCGCGACAUUGACCGGUUCGCCGGCCGCGCCUUUGAGGAAUGGGGGCUGCUGGACAGGGGGACCUUUGAGGAGGCGGGGAAGCAGCAGGCGGAUGAGGGUGCUUCUGCGCGCGGGAAGCAGUCCCUCGUCGAGGCGGUGGCGCGGGCGAGGGGCGCGUGUCGCUUCCGGUACCUCAACGCCGCGGCCGUGGUGGUGUAUGGCAUCCCGGUGUACGUGCGAUGA